AUGAUCAGGGCCCUACUGCUCUGUGCACUGGUGGCUGGAGGUCACUGCUCCCCCGAACUCACGACCCUUGCUCUCUUCACAGCUCUUAGCUGCGGGCUCUCCACUUACCAGCCCCAGCACAGCAGGGUGGUUGGAGGAGAAGAUGCGAGGCCCAACAACUGGCCCUGGCAGGUCUCCGUGCAGUACAUCACCUCAGGCAAGUGGUUCCACAACUGCGGAGGGUCCCUGGUGGCCACCAGCUGGGUCGUGACAGCCACCCACUGUUUUAGGAGCUCCCAGACCUACCGUGUAGUGCUGGGCCGGCACAGCCUCUCCACCGAUGAGCCUGGCUCUGUGGCCAUCGCUGUCUCCAAGUAUGUGGUGCACCCGAAAUGGAACAGCAAUCUCGCCAAUGGGUACGACAUCGCCUUGAUCAAACUGGCUGAACCUGUCACCCUGAGCAACAAAAUCCAGCUGGCCUGCCUGCCGCCUGCUGGCACCAUCCUGCCCAGCAACUACCCCUGCUAUGUCACUGGCUGGGGCCGGCUGCAGACCAACGGGGCGAGCCCUGACAACCUGCAACAAGGCCUGUUGCUGGUUGUGGACUAUGCCACAUGCUCCAGCAAUAGCUGGUGGGGCAGCUCCGUGAAGACCAGAAUGGUCUGUGCUGGGGGUGAUGGUGUGACCUCCAGCUGCAAUGGGGACUCUGGAGGGCCGCUGAACUGCCAGGCAGAUGACGGGAAGUGGCAAGUGCACGGCGUAGUCAGCUUCGGAUCCAGUCUCGGCUGCAACUACUACCAAAAGCCGUCCGUCUUCACCCGGGUCUCCAGCUUCACAGACUGGAUUGAUGAGGUAAGAAUUGGACCAGCCCUGAGCUUCAGGGGUCCUGACCUUCUCAGUCGACCUCACAAGGCCCAUGGCUCUGGGAAUCUAGAACCUUCUUCCUCCAAUUAGGCAGAGGAGCCCACACACAUGGGCAACCCUGGUAGCUGCCCCCGAGAGGUUCCCAAUGUUUUGUUUUCUUUCUCUCUCUCUCUUUCUUUCUUUUUUCUUUCUUUCUAGUAGUACUGGGGAUUGAACCCAGAGCCUUCACAUUGAGCUACAUACCCAGCCAUUUUGUAUUUCAAGACAGAAUCUUGCUAAGUUGUCCAUGCUGGCCUGAAAUAUGUACUCCUCCUGCCUGAGGCUGCCAAGUAGCUGGUGUAACAGACAUGCACCAACAUACCUGGCUUGGGGACUUUUUUUUUUGGUACCGGGGAUUGUACUUGGGACCUUGCACUUGCGAGGCAGACGCCCAAACCACUAAGCUAAAUCCCCAGCAAGGGGACAUAUUUUUAACAUCCCCCCCCACAUACAUUGCCACCACAAUUUGCUCUCCUGUAA